AUGGGUUCAGUCGAGAAAAAAAAAUUUCUUUAUGGUAUAUUUAUUUAUCUUAUUGAUGAUGAAUAUCAAACAAUUCAUUAUGAAGAAAUUAUUUAUAAUCCAUCGAUAGAUUGUGAAACUAAAUUUAAUCGUUAUUUACUUUAUCCAACAAGACCAAAGACUUCCAAUCAUACUUAUUCAAUACGUAUUGAUAUAUUUGACAAAAUAAUAUUAAAUUAUUAUGGAAGUUGGCAUUUAUUUAUUCCUUUUCCAUUUGUACCAGUUAAUCGUUUAUCCACACAGUUAAAUAUUUCAUUUGAAAAAUCUGAAUCUUCGAAAAAUUGUUUAUCAAAAUGUGAAGUUCAUAGAAAAUGUUUCAAUUAUAUAAAUUCAUUAAAAUCAUUUUGUCAAUGUGAUGAAAGAUAUUCUGGUCGUUUUUUGUAA